UUCUCAAACCAUCUUUCAAAAAAACCAAAAAAAUGAAGAACAUCAUUUUCUCUCUCCCCAUCAUUUUCCUCCUCCUCGCCGGAAUUUCCGUCGGAGAAGACAACGACCAUAUUUUCGGCAGACCCAUUGAUCGAAAACUAUUAGGACUAAAAAAGGAAAAACUCAGUCACUUCAAAUUCUAUUGGCACGAUGUAAUCAGUGGUCCAAAACCCACAUCAAUAAUGGUGGUGCCGCCGGUUUCAAACACGACAUUCUUCGGUUCAGUUACUAUGAUCGACAACCCAUUAACGUUAGGACCGAAUUUGACAUCGAAAUUGGUCGGACGGGCACAAGGGUUUUAUGCAUUGGCUUCUCAACAAGAUAUUGGGUUAUUGAUGUUGAUGAAUUUUGUGUUUGUUGAGGGGAAAUAUAAUGGAAGUACUUUGACGGUUUUGGGUCGGAAUUCGGUGAUGUCGGCGGUGAGAGAGAUGUCGGUGACCGGAGGAAGUGGACUUUUCCGAUUUGCUAGAGGUUAUGUUCAAGCAAAGACUAAUUGGUUUGAUGUUAAAAGUGGGGAUGCUACUGUUGAGUAUAAUGUUUAUGUUUUUCAUUAUUGAUCAUUAUGAUGAUGAUGAAUACUAAGAUAAUAAUGAUAAUAAUUAUGAUUUUAUUUUAUGUUGCUUUGUUUAAUUUUAAAGUAUGUAUUAUGUAAUUGGACACUUUUGUAAGUGGUCCAAGUUUUUGAUAAAUUAUUAU